GUAGAGGGCGUAGUGUAUAUUGUAUGUCGAAAGGUUAGUUUUAGUUUAAAAACUCAGGUAAUUGAGACGUUUAUAAUGGAUGAUGAUUCAUUGCUACAAAGAGUAUUUUAUGUAUACGACGAUGGUGAAGAAUUAGAUUUGAAUAUUCCUCCUACAUCAGGAAAUGAAUAUCUUCGGAGAGUGCAAUUGGAAGCUAAACAAUGUCCAGUUGUUAAAGCAGAAAUAGAUACAAGUCGUUUUUUAGGCAAUCAGACAGUUACAGUUAAUGGAUCAACUGGUUGCUUACCAGCACCAAAAGGUUUUGCUCCUUCUAAAUAUUGGCAACAAAAACAAAUUGCUGAUUUUUCAGAAGUUAGACAGAAAUUAUCAAAAUAUAAAAAGAAUUUAGAAGAAAAGAAUAUAAAGCUAAAAACUAUAUUACCGAAAAUAGAUGAUGAUAUUGGUUGGUGUCAACUAUGUUUUGGUGGCCAUGCAAGUAAUGUUCAACCUGGAAACAUAAUAGUUGAUGAUGGCAAUACAAGUAUUUCUGGAAUAGAUAACAAACUUUCUGAAAAAAAUUUGAAAGAAACUGGUGUUCUUCCAUCGCUCAGUAUUGUGUGUGCUAUGUCACAACUGCUUAUAGAACAAGUAUUAAAUUAUCAUAUAAGUUGGUUAGAAGUAACAGGCUUUACACCACAACAGGGACGUUGGUUUUAUGCUCUUUUGGCCUGCCUAGAAAAGCCAUUAACACCUGAAGCUUGUUCUUCUUUACGAUCUUUGGCAAGAGUUUGUUGUAAAUUGAGGGCAAAUCUUACAAGUUGUGAAGAUCCUAACUUGAUAGCUUUAAACCUUCUCAUCUGUUUAGUAGCAAAUUACUUUGAUCAGCGAGAUCUUGCAGAUAAUUCAUUGUAGUAUUUGAAAAUGUAUGAUUUUGUUAUUCUGAUGUAUUUAGCAAUUUGUACAGUAAAAAUUUUAUCUUAAAAUUUUAAUAUGUUGUACUGUAUAUAUAUUUAAUCUUCAACUGCA